GUCUUAUUACGUCCAUUCUUUGAAACAAAAACCAGAUAUAUGCUCGUAGGAUUGUGCCUUAUCUGCACAGAACCACGGGUUUAGGGGCAAUCCAUAUCCCCAACAGCUAUACAAUGCAGUACCCAUUUGAUCAGGGGCAACAGCAAACAUGGACACAGGUGGGACAGUUGUUGGUGGCAACGGCACUUUCCUCUAUUAUUGGAAUCGAAAGGGAAUGGAGACACAAGAGUGCUGGGCUGCGUACAAACACCCUAGUUGGUGUCGGGGCUGCCCUGUUCAUGCUGAUAUCCAAGCUUGGCACCCUUGAUGUCCUGGAUCGCUCCCUCGUCGUACUUGACCCCUCGCGGAUCGCAGCACAGAUCGUCUCCGGAAUUGGGUUCAUAGGGGGUGGUAUCAUAUUCAGGCAACGCAACGAGGUACGGGGCCUCACUACAGCAGCGGGUGUUUGGUUGAGUGCAGCAGUGGGUGCCGCCUGUGGUGCGGGGCUCCUCAGGCUAGCAACUGUAUCAACUGGAUUAUACUUUGUUGCCGUUCUGGUCUACCCAAACCUGCUGCACUUUCUACAGCGACGUUUCAAAUCAUCGGAGGAUACGAGAAUAUCUGCUGUGGUGCGCUACCAGGCCGGGGCAAAUGGAUUAGAAACCGUAUUGCAAAGUUUACUGGAAGCAGGGUUCCUUGUACAUGGAAUCGACCGGCUUGAAGAAGUACCUCAUGACUAUGAACGUAGUGGGGCAGCAAAUUGGAACGAUCGACAGCAAUUGUCGACAGAUUUCGCGCAGACAGAAGCGAGACCUUCGGCGCUGUGCGGAAAGAGCAGCCGAAUCUUUAACGUUCAUGUCACAUUGGGCGGCAAUGGUGUUGUAACUGACUUGAUGCGUAUGCUCUCCCAAUUGGACUGCGUCAUCUCUAUCACGCCUGAUGACGGUCAGCACAACGGAAUGUGUUCGGAUAGGUUGGCAGUUUAAAUCAUCUAGCUCCCCGGGUGCACGAAAUUUGUGGGGACACUAUAUAUUGACUAUUAAUUUAUCAGCUUCUUAAGGAGAGAGAACGAGACGGUAAACACACGAAACUUCUAACUGAAUCCAGUUUCCAGUUCAUCUUAUAUAGCUAUUACCCGUUUUGUUUUUAAGCAUCGCUAUGUUUCCUAUUGGUCAGGCACUAAAAUGCGGGCGGCAAGUUGGUCAGCAACUGUAUACGAAGUAUAAUGAAAGGAUCCAGACUCUGCUCUAAGCUUUAGGAGCGCUAUUUUGGAUUUACUACCUGCCUGUCUACAAGAUGGC